GUUGAAGAUGAUUGGAUAAUUGAUUCAAUUCGAUCUCAUUUCUACUCGCUGUUGAUCGAUUUAAUAUAAUUUUUUUGUGUUGCCAAUUUUCUCCAAUACAGAUACAAAUAUCAUAUCAUGUUACCAAAACUUUAUUCAAAAUUUAUGAUUUUGGUGUUAACGCUGUUUGUAUGUUCAUUUUUUACUAAUGUUGAUAGCAAAUAUCACAAUCCACAUUUCAUUGGUAAUCGAAGUGUCAUUACACAUUUAAUGGAAUGGAAAUAUGAUGAUAUUGGUGAUGAAUGUGAACGUUUUCUUGGUCCAUAUGGUUAUGGUGGUGUACAGGUUUCACCAGUAAAUGAACAUGCAAUAUUAGAUCGUCGUCCUUGGUAUGAGCGUUAUCAACCUGUUAGUUAUGAUAUACGAACACGUAGUGGUGAUGAACAACAAUUCCGUCGUAUGGUAAAACGUUGCAAUAAAGCCGGUGUUCGUAUAUAUGUUGAUAUCGUAUUAAAUCAUAUGACUGGUGCUCAAUCAGGAAAGGGAACAAAUGGUCAUCAUUAUGAUGGUAAUACCUUACAAUAUCCUGGUGUACCAUUUGGUCCGAAUGAUUUUCAUGGUCACGAAUCAUGUCCCACACAAGAUUUAGAAAUUCAUGAUUAUACAAAUCCUAAGGAGGCUCGAAACUGUCGUUUGUCGGGUUUACGAGAUUUGAAACAACAAUCGGAAUAUGUUCGACAAAAACAAGUCGAUUUUCUAAAUCAUUUAAUUGAUAUUGGCGUUGCUGGAUUUCGUUCGGAUGCCUCUACGCAUCAAUGGCCCGAUGAUCUUCGAUCUAUUUAUUCUCGCCUACAUAAUUUGAACAAGGAAUUUUUUCCGGAAAAUUCUCAGCCAUUUAUUUAUCAUGAAACUAUUUAUUAUGGAGGAAAUGGGAUUAAUUCGAAUGAAUACACAUCUUUGGGCCGCAUUAUUGAAUUCCGUUUUUAUAAAGAAAUCACAAAUGUUUUUCGUGGCAACAAUCCGUUACAUUGGCUGAAAAAUUUUGGAACAGAAUGGGGAUUGGUUCCCAGUGGUGAUGCAUUGGUUAUGAUCGAUAGCCAUGAUUUACGUGUUGGCCAUACUGGAAAGUUAGGUUUCAAUAUUAAUUGUUUUGAAGGACGAUUGUUAAAAGCUGCCACUGCAUUUAUGCUUGCAUGGAAUUAUGGUGUACCAAGAGUGAUGAGCAGCUAUUUUUGGAAUCAAAUUAUAAAGGACGGUAAAGAUGUCAAUGAUUGGGUUGGUCCACCAUCUGAUAAAAAUGGUAAUAUUCUUUCGGUACAUCCGAAUCCGGACAUGACUUGUAAUCAUGAAUGGAUAUGUGAACAUCGAUGGCGUGAAAUAUACAAUAUGGUAAAAUUUCGAAUGAUUGCUGGUCAAGAACCUGUACAUAAUUGGUGGGAUAAUGGUGAUUAUCAAAUAGCAUUUAGCCGUGGCAACCGUGCAUUUAUUGCAAUAAAUUUGCAAAAAAAUCAGCAAAAUCUUCAACAAAAAUUGCAUACAGGUCUACCAGCUGGAACCUAUUGUGAUAUAAUCAGUGGCAAUCUUAUCGAUAAUAAAUGUACAGGAAAAUCUAUUCAUGUCGAUAAAAAUGGUCAAGCUGAUGUCUAUGUUGGCCAUGAUGAAUUUGAUGCAUUUGUUGCCUAUCACAUUGGUGCUCGCAUUGUAUCCUAAUUUCUCAUGAGAAUUUUUUAAAUGUUCUUUUUCGAUUUUUCCAUCUUUUUGGUUUAUUCAAAAAAAAUAAAAAUCAUGUUCACAUUGUCUAAA